AAUAUCACGUGCAUCACAGUUUUAAAGGAUCAACAUAUCGUCCCACUGCAUCUCUGCGACAGCAUCGGCACCACUGUGCAAGAUUCUCAAUCAUUGCCAUUCGUUCGCACACUCCGGGUACCAGCAACCAUGAGCGACUAUCCCCGGCCAGACUUUGUUCGCGAUGAGCUCAACUGGCAGUCGUUGAAUGGACCAUGGUCAUUCUUGUUUGAUGACGACGAUGCUGGUUUGGUGCAAGGCUGGCACAUUGAAGGCCUCCCGGCUGAGGUUGUUGUGAACUCCAGCUCCGACCACCCCGACUCGAAAGCCGCCAACGAUGCCCAAAGCAUUACAGCCAAGAUUGCUGCAGGUACUCAGGAGCUGAUUCAGGGUAAUCAGCAUAAAAGAGGCGAAUUUACAACGCACAAAAAUCGUGACAUCCAAGUCCCUUACGUGUUCCAGUGCCCUGCAUCUGGCAUCGAAGACAAGGGUGUCCAUGAGGUGUUCUGGUACGAAAGGAAAAUCACCGACCCGCGAAACGCGCAGAACAAGCAGAAUGGUCACCGUGUACUUGUCAGAUUUGGCGCCGUUGACUACGAGGCCAAGGUUUGGGUUGGCGGGCACUUCGUCGGUGGCCACUGCGGUGGACACGUACCUUUCGAUAUUGACAUCACGGAUGCAUUCGCAAAGGAGUCCACGCAGCGACUCACAUUACGGGUUUACGACUCGGCCUAUGACUUGACGCAACCAAGAGGUAAACAGUAUUGGGGUGCACAGCCCGAGAGCAUCUUCUACACGCCUAGUGGAGGCAUCUGGCAGAAUGUCUGGCUUGAGGUCGUUCCGUUCGUGCGCAUUGGUGAUAGUAGCCACGGAACAGUAUUUAGGAGCAACGAUAUCGAGUCAGGGAGGCUACAUGCCAAUGUCAAGAUCCUCGGGAGACCAGCCGGUCACAAGUACAGCGUGGAGCUUGAGGUCAGCCUUAAGGGCAGUCAUGUGAGCAAAACAGAGAAGAUCGAGUUGCCCCGAGAAUCCAACCUUAUCUCUUUGGAUGCGGACAUGGUGCUGUCUGAAGAAUCCAAGGCUCAACUGGGCGAGUCACUCUUCGAAUCGUUUGACGAUGUGCGGGACGGUGUUGUUCUCUGGUCUCCAGACGACCCUACUCUGUACGACAUCGUUAUUCGCCUGUACGAUGGUACAUCAGCGCUUGUCGACACAAUACACACAACUACGGGGAUGCGCUCGUUGUCUUGGGAUGACGGCUUGUUCCGGAUCAACAACAAACCACACUUCCAGGCGCUCUUCCUCGACCAGGGCUAUUGGCUUGACACUUUCAUGACACCGCCUUCAUCCGAAGCUCUAAAGGCGGACAUAAAGCUAGCGCAGAAGAUGGGUUUCAAUGGCUGCCGAAAGCACCAAAAGGUUGAAGACCCCAUCUUCCACUAUUGGGCGGAUCGCCUUGGCUUCCUCAUCUGGGGCGAGAUGGCGAAUGCGUACGCUUUCAGCGCUGAGUACGUCGAACGCUUUGAUCAAGAGUGGCGCGAAGCUGUUCUUCGAGACAUCAACCACCCUAGUGUGGUAGCAUGGACACCAGUCAACGAAAGCUGGGCUUACACCGAUUUGGCCAACAACCAGACGCACCGAGAUCACAUCAAGAGUCUAUACUACGCGACCAAGGUCCUCGACCCAACAAGGCCGAUCAACGACAAUUGUGGUUGGGAGCAUGUGCAGACUGAUCUUACCACUUUCCACGAUUACUCUGAUGGCGAUGCUCUGACGAAGACAUGUGCCAGCAUAGAAGGCAUCCUUGGUCCCAAAGCGAACCGACCUAUGUUCCUAUCAGCUAUUGGUAACACACCAGGAUCAAGUCACAAAGAGGACGCGCCUGUGAUUUGCACGGAGUUCGGUGGUAUCAACAUCGCGAGAGACGCUGCUGGAUCAGACAGCCAGCGUGAUUGGGGCUACACAACCGCGACCGAUUCCAAAGAUCUGUUGAAAAGAAUCGAGAAGAUGAUGACCGGCAUUGCAAAUCCAGGUCUUAUCGGCGGCUUCGUUUACACGCAGCUCACAGACAUCGAGCAAGAAGUCAAUGGCCUGUACACACCGGAUCGUAAGCCAAAGCUAGACGCAGACGCGGUCAGGAAGAUCGUGGAGGACAUCAGGGAGAACUACUACCAGAUGCAUACGUCUUAGGUAGAUAUACUGUAUCC